AUGGCUGUCCAGACAAGAGGCCACGCAGGCCACGGUCACCACCACCACCACCAUCACGACAACGUGUACUUGACCUCCUCGAACAAAAAAGAUGCCGGCGUCCGGAUUACCCGAAUCGGCUUGUUUGUUAACCUGGCAAUGGCAAUCGGCAAAUUCGUCGGAGGCUACAUAUUCCAUUCGCAAGCGUUGAUUGCAGAUGCAUAUCAUGCGUUGACGGAUUUAGUGUCUGAUUUUAUGACGCUGGGUACUGUCUCUUGGUCUUUGAAACCCCCGAGCGAGCGAUUCCCCAACGGAUAUGGAAAGGUUGAGAGCCUGGGAGCGUUGGGUGUGAGUUCAUUGCUGCUGUGUGGCGGCUUUUUUAUGGGAUUGGAUGCCACUCAGGCUCUGCUGUCUCAAUUUGCGCCCGAAGCAUUCGAGGCAUUGGAGCAUGCUGGCUUAUUGUUUCAUGGUCACUCACAUAGCCAUGAUCAUGGCGCUGAAGUGCUAGGGCCGAAUAUUAAUGCUAUCUGGCUGGCGGCUGGUUCAAUAGUAGCCAAGGAAUGGCUAUACCGAGCUACAAUGAAAAUCGCACAAGAACGAAAAUCAUCCGUCCUCGCCUCAAACGCAGUCCACCACCGCAUCGACUCCUUGACCAGCCUUGUCGCUUUGGCUACAAUCGGAGGCGCCCACAUCUUCACCAAUGCAGCAUGGCUCGAUCCCGUUGGAGGGCUAAUCAUCUCGUUGAUGGUGAUUAAUGCGGGAUGGACAAACACAAAAACGGCUCUACUAGAGCUCGCCGAUACAACAAUCGACGAAGAGAUUAAAGACUCUGUCCGAAAGGCCGCCCUAAAGACACUCGCGAAUUCGACCACGGCGCAGGACAUUCAAAUUCGAGAUAUCCAAGGGUUGAAGUCAGGACAGAAUUACUUGAUGGACAUCGAAGUUGGGGUUGCGGAUUCCAUGACCGUGCAACAAUCCCGCGAGAUCGAGGAGAUUCUACGAACGGGUGUUGGCGCCAAGGUGCGCGGUGUGCGUCGAGUCAAAGUACGAUUUGUGCCUAAUGGAGUGGAAGGAGUGGAUUUUGCGGAGGAGUUUAUUCCUGGGGAUGUUAGUCCCAGAGCAAGUCCUGAGCCGGAGGAACAUGAUCAUGACCAUGACCAUGAGCAUCAACACAGCGGGGAAGUGCAUAAACGGCGUUGA